GGCCUUGCCUGGCACACUGACGAUGUUGCUCUGCGCACAAAGUUCGAGGAGUUCGGCGUCGUCGAGGAAGCUGUUGUCGUCAAGGACCGUGACACUGGACGCAGCCGUGGCUUCGGCUUCGUGCGCUUCUCGAACGAGGAGGAGGCUGAUGCCGCAAUCAAGGCCAUGAACGAGAUCGAAUUCGACGGUCGUACCAUUCGCGUGGACAAGGCUUCUGAGCGCGGCAGCGGCGGCGGU